AUGGAAUCUAUUAUAUCGCAUUUGGUAAAAUCAAUUGAAACCUUAGGCCAGCAGAAUAGAAAUCAGCCUCAACCUAAUUUGAAUUUAUCGUCUCAUUCUUUUGAAGAGGUACCAGGGGCAACUUCAACGAUUGAUACAGAUUCAGAUAAUGAAGAAUCAGAUGAAGACAAAAAGAUGUCAGGAAAUGUUCUUUCGAAUGUUACUUUUGAUGAAUACAUUGGUGUCCAUUCUAUAAUGUGCAUAUUUUCUAAAGAUUCAUUAGAUUGGAUGGAGAAUACACUCGGAGACAAAGGAGCAAGAUACAUAAAUCCAAUUCGAAAUAUUCCAUUCAUUUAUUAUUCAAAACUAAAGUCUUAUUUAAUGAAAUGGAUUGAUCCACCAGCUGUUGACAAACUACAAAGAAAAAAAUUAUUGGAAACGCCGUUUUCAUUGGAUUCCUCAUUAGUUUUGGAAUUGGUUGAUUUAUAUUAUAAAGAGAUUACCAUGGUAAAUGUGUUGGUUGAUUCAUCAUAUGUUAGAAGUUUAUUUGUUGCCUACUAUAAUAACCUACUAGAACCAAAUAUGACAAAAAGAAGAAGGUUUAAAUUGAGUGAGUUAUUAACAAUGACGUGUGUUUUAUUGAUUGCUUUAAAUGCCAAAAUUGAUAGAGAUGAAGUCCCCAAUAUUUUACAAAAAAAAGUCUUUUCGAUGAAUGAUGGGACUUUGAAUAAUCUACAAAAUGACUUGUUGAACAAUGCUAUAUUUUAUUACCAUAGACUAUCCGUCAUUAGUGAUGGAAUUGAAACAAUCGAAGCAUUAUUAUUAUUUAUCAUAUAUAACGAAUGCGAUUGGAUUUCAAGUCAUAUUAAUUACAUACCAAUAUCCGUUGUGAUUAGAUAUGCACAAGAAAUGGGGCUACAUAGAGCUGAAAGUUAUCAGAAUAUUUCAUUAGCGGAACAAUCCAGGAAAAGAAGAAUUUGGUGGUUUUGCUUCUAUUUUGACACUGAAAUGUGCUUUAAAAGUGGUAAGCCUCCAAUAUUAAAUAUAAACGAUAUUACAACUAAUAGUGAUGAGGAUAUGAUUCAGUUUUGUAAAUUAAUUUCAUUAGAAUCUUCAAAUAUCGAUGGUAAAGAUCAAUCAUGUGCAAGAUUCAUUAAUGAAAGUUUGGUCUUAAAUGAUUCAUCGAAGCCGAUCACUUUAUCAUUAUUGGAAUAUAUUAGUCAAACAAAUACUGAAUUCACAAUGUAUUAUCAUAUAUUUGCCUUAAUUUUGACCAAAAUUAGAUCGAAGUCUUAUAACUCAUUAUUCAUUGCAUCAGCUCAAACAAGAGAUUUAGAUUCAUUAUCAACAACUUUAGAACAAUUGAAUUCCGAGAUGUUUCAACUAGCAACUUAUUCACAUAAUCAAUAUAAACCAAGAUUCUACAAUGAUCCACAUUUUAAGUUUAUGGAUCCUAAUUUACCUUUAGAUCAAAGAGAAUGUUCAUUAGGAGCACAACUAUCGUAUUUCACCCAUUUGAUGAUUAUUAAUAGAUUUCCAUUUAUGGUCAAAACAAACAAUUUCGAAUUUAGUGAAAGAAUUUUAAAAUUUAGAAAUAUAAGUUUAAAUUCAGCUAGAACUGUGCUAUUUUUAAUCAAGCAAAUAAAUAAGGAAAACACUACAUCAACAUGUUACAAUUGGAUAUUAUUCUAUCCAGCAUCGGCAUUCUUUGUGUUGUCUGCAGCAAUUUUAAAUCAUCCAGAUUUUCCUGAUAGUUUAAAUGAUAUCAAUUUAUUGAUUGAUUCAUCAAUUAACUUUUUCAGUUCGUAUAAAAAUUUUGUAAUUUCGUCAUCAUCAUUUGUAAAGGAUCCAAUAUCAUCAAAAGAUGUUACAGUUGAAAUUGUUAUUAGACUAGUUUUGAAUGUGGUUAUAAAAGUUUAUGAAUUAAAAGUUAAUUCAAAUCAAUUCAAAGAUUACGUUGAAUUAAAAAACCACCUAGAUGAAACUGAAGAUAUAUUACCGGAAAUUUUUAAUACCAACAAUAAGGAGUUUAAAUCAAAAUUAUCAACCUUUUUUGGAGCUUCGCCAUUUAGUUCCACCAAUUCUGAUAAAGAUAAAAAAUCACCAUAUUCCCCAAGAUUAAAUCCUUCGUUAUCAAAUAUUUUAGAUAAUAACAAUAAUGGCGAAGCAAAAGCUAAAGGUAUUAACAUUAAUCCUCCUGGUAUGAAAACUCCAGUUUUUUAUGAUAAUAAUAAUAGUAAUAAUAAUAAUAAUAAUAAUAAUAAUAAUAACAAUAAUAGUAGUCCAUUAGUAAACAUGGAUAAUGUCGAUUUAUUUGCUGAAUACCUAACAAUUGAUAAUGGAAUAUUCAAUCAAAUGAACAAUAUGCCAAACUUUUUCUUUGAUAAUAACUUAGGUGUUUAA